AUGGUUUCUACGGGCUCUAAAAGUGCUGCUAUCAACCCCAAAAUUACAGAGGAAGAGGCUGACGUUGGAAUAUGGUAUGACGCAAUUCAUUGGCAAGAUGAGGAAGAAACCGCCAGCGGCAACAGCUUGUUAUUGUACUGUCUAGUUUCUACGGAUUCUGGAGUCUAUGAAUUACGAAAACGUGCAUCUUCUGUGAGUCAAUCAAAAGCCCUUGAGUCUACGAAGAUUCUGAGCGUAAGAAAAUGGGAUCCGCUAUGGGCAUUGAACAAGAAAAACGGACGUAUCAGCGUUGACAAUGGCUACAGCAAGUACACAUACGAUUUGAAGGGCAAGAAUCUUUGUCGAUUGACCAAAAACAAGACAAGAGACGACAAUGAGGAAUAUACGGUAUCUUGGAGCUCGAGAUUCUACAAUGUGUUAUGCAAAAACGUAAUUGGAAGUGAAGUCACAUAUGUACACGUGAGUCCCGCUGAUAUUAAUUUGACAGGGAAGUCCAGCUCCUUAAAAUUGACAGACACUAAAGUGUUACAAAUAGUCCCAGCUUCACAGAAUAGGUUCGUGCUUUUUGGUACUAAGGUAUUGGUGAUACAAGUUAUUCCAGCUCUGGACUUCAAGAUUAAUAUAUUAGAGUCAUCCAUUGCUCCGCAUCUACCUUUGGCUGUAGGCGGAUAUUUAGAGUGCAAUCAUUUGGUGAUUCAGUGUCCGUAUGCUUCAAAAUCCAGAGAUACCACUGUAAGGAUCCCGCUUCCAUCUUGCUUGACAGAGAAUGUAUUAUCAUGCACAUGA